AUGGCCGACCCGGAGAUGGACGAGGAUCUGUUUGCCGAUCUCUACGACGGCGAAGCAGACGAACCAGCACCUCCAGCCAAGACAGAGCAGAAGCCUCCCACACCUGAGCCAGCGCCAGUGCAGCAGGAUGCCCAGCCUGAGGAGACCAAUAUGGAAGCUGUGGAUGACUUCAACAUCAACACCGAGCCUCAAAAUUAUGGCGGGGGCUUUCAAGGUGUACAGCAGAGUCAGCAAGACCACAAUGAUGACUACGACAAGCCGAUCAGCAUCAAAGAUGAUGGAAAAAUGUUCAUUGGUGGACUCAACUGGGAGACCACAGACCAAUCACUUAAGGAGUACUUCUCGCAAUACGGUGAUGUCGUCGACUGCCAAGUUAUGCGUGAUGGCGCCACUGGACGCUCUCGCGGCUUCGGCUUUCUCACGUUCAAGGACCCGAAGACGGUCAACAUCGUCAUGGUUAAGGAGCACUUCCUGGAUGGCAAGCUAAUCGAUCCGAAGCGUGCUAUCCCACGUGAGGAGCAGGAGCGUACGGCGAAGAUCUUCGUCGGCGGUGUCAGCCAGGAGUGUACCGACGUCGAGUUUAGGGAAUUCUUCGAAGCGUACGGCCGCGUGCUCGAUGCCACCCUGAUGAUGGACAAGGACACCGGACGUCCCCGUGGCUUCGGCUUCGUCACCUUCGACAACGAGGCAGCCGUCGACCGCACGCUCGAAGGCCCUCUCGCGAUCCACGGCAAGAUGAUCGAAGUCAAGCGUGCUGAGCCGCGCGGCAACCUCCGCGACGGUGAGGGCGGAGGACACGGCAAGUUCGGGCGUGGAGGUAGACAGAUGCCGUUCAACACCCACACCAACGACGCCCAGCAGAACCAAGCGAUGGGCCAACAGAACGGCGGUGGCAACAACAUGAGUCCGGCGAUGAUGGCGCAGUACUGGCAACGCAUGCAGCAGUACUUCCAGAUGAUGCAGCAGCAAAUGAUGGCCGGUGGCGGCGGCGGCGGCGGCGGCGGCAUGAACCCGAUGGCGGCGAUGCAGAACCCACAGAUGAUGCAGCAGAUGAUGGCGCGUCAAGGCAUGAACCCGCAGAUGAUGGCGCAGAUGCAGCAGCAGAUGGGCGGCGGAGGCGGAGGAGGCAUGCCAGGCUACCCGGGAGGUCCGCAGGGCCCAGGCUCGCCGAUGAACGGAGGGCAGGGCCAGCGUCCGGGCAGUGCAUCGGGUUUCACGGCGCAGGAGCAGUUGAUGUUCGAGCAGCAGAAGUACGAGCGCCAGACGAACGCGCGCAUGCAGCAGGGCAGCUACAACGGCAACCAGACGUGGGAUGGGAUGUACGACGACGUGCCUGCGCCGGACGGCAUGCAGGGCAACAUGCGUGGAGGUUUCGGAGGACGAGGUGGGCGCGGUGGUGGUCGUGGCGGGUUCGGAAGCCCUGCUCCAGCUGGUCAGGCUCCUGCCAAUGCUCCUACUGGGCCGAAGAACGCUGGGCCGGGCUCGAACUACCGUGGCGGAGGUCGAGGCGGACGGGCGCGAUUCCAUCCUUACGGCGGUCGUGGAUGA